ACAGCAUAAUAACACGUCUAUAUUUAAAACAGCAAUUCUACCAAGUUGUGGUGGACACACAUUUUAAAUAUACUGUAUUGGUAAUUAGAGCAAGCAGGUUGAAACAAAUUAAUCGUUGGCAAACAAACAAUUUCAACACGAUGAGAACUAGUUUAAGAGAGAUGUACAUUUGUGCUUCUAUGAUUGUAAUAUUAUGUGCGAGUAUGAUAUCAGCCCAGAAUAUAGAGACGAGGGAAUUUCAUUCACUUUCUCCAAUAAAAUCCGAUUCAGCUGUGAUUCAUUUUGGAGCAUCCGUGGUGAUUAAAACAUCACCAAUGAAGUCAAUAGCUUACGUUGGGGCACCAGCGGACGGGAACAAAAACGGGUCAGUCUACAAAUGCUCAUUUAGUGGGAAAUCGUACGGAAACACGUCCUGCUCGAAGGACAUUUCGUUUGAUAACAACGCUGCGAUUGGAAUGUCUAUUGGGGCUGACAGCAGCUUUUCUAACCUCUAUAUAUGUGGGAACCAACACACAACAAGCUGCCCGACCACACCGCUGCAAAAACGAAUGGUCGGGGCUUGUUAUAAAAAGCCAAUGACGUCAUCCACUGCAACAAUGUUUAAAACCCCUUGCGUUCCAGGAUGCCCUAAGAUAAUUCUGAUCGCGGAUAUAAUGUUUGUUUUGGACGAUUCUAGUAGUGUUGACGAUACGGCAUUUAGAAGUGCUUUGAAUUGGAUAAUACAAGUCGUAUCAUACUUUAGUUCCUAUAUCGAUAGCGGUGAUUUGCGAGUGGGCGUGUAUGGCUUUAGCAACGACGAUCACAGAAGUGGAAUUCGCAUAGGUUUGCGAAAAUGGACAUCUGCAACUCUUAAAAAACAAAUAGGGGAGCUUCUAAACGUAAAGUCGACAGGAGCCGGCACAUAUAUUUCACAUGCGAUUAAGGAAACCGUAAAAGUGUUUGAAGCUAACGGGCGAAAAGGUAUUUCGAAAGAAAUUAUUCUGUUGACAGACGGAGGUGCAUCUGAUUGGUGGUUGCUUAAAGGUGAAGCUGAUACAGCAAGGGACAAAGGCAUCGUCCUUGUAUCUGUCGGUGUUGGAACAUCUGUAAAUAACGACCAACUGUUGGCGAUUGCGGGUAACAAAUCUCGGGUCUUUCAGGCGACUGACUACAACACUCUUGAUGAAGUGGUUAACAACGUUGUGUCUACGAUUGAUGCAAUAAAGAUUACUGUCAAUCUUGAAGGACAAAACGCUAACAGCACGAACAAACUUGCCGAAUGCCAACUUGGGAGCGCAUCUCAUAUUACAAAGAACAACAAGAUGUAUGUUGGGGCGGUUGGUUCGUACGAUAGAGCAGGAACUGUGGUUGAUUACAGCGCUUCUGCAGGAAGCGUAUCAACACAAUACACCGCGGUAUUAAACGAAACGGAUUACGCUGCAUUAGCGGGGUCGAAAAAUCAUUCCAACAUCGCUAAUUCAUAUUUAGGUUAUUCUGUUACAAGUGGACUUUUCUUUGGCGGUAACAUUGAAUACGUGGCGAGUGGUGCUCCGGCACAUGAAUCAAAAGGAAUGGUCGUAAUAUACAAGUCAGAUAAUGUAACUGGAUUCCCGCCCAAAUAUCUUUUGUUUUUACAUCCGAGUGAGACGUCGGGUUUGUGGCAGUUAGGAGCUUAUUUUGGACAUUCUGUUUGUGCUGUCGACAUCAAUAAGGAUUCCUUCGACGACUUAAUUGUUUCAGCGCCGUUAUUUAAUGACAUGAAUGGUUACGAUCAAGGAAGAGUUUUUGUUUACAUAAACAACAAGGAAGGACCGCAGGAAUGGACUUCUGAGUCAUACCGCCCACAAUCACUCAGUGGAUCAAACGCAAAAGGAGCUCGAUUUGGAAUGUCGGUUGCAGUGGUUGGUGACGUAGAUUUAAACGGAUAUGACGACAUAGCAGUGGGAGCACCAUCGGAAGGAGGAACAUCAUUGGACACCGGUGUUGUAUAUGUUUAUUAUGUGUCCUUUCAAGGAAUCAGUGAAACAAGAAAACAGCGAAUUGUUGGUAAGUCAGUUAUAUCAUCACUUCGUAACUUCGGCAAUGUUGUAACUCCAAGCAGCAGCUUCAGUAACACAGAUGUGGACAACAACGGGUAUUCUGAUAUUGUAAUAUCAGCAUCUUCCAGCGAUAGAAUUAUUAUCUUACGAGCUCGACCGAUUGUCAAAGUUCGAACACAAAUCACUUUGAAUCCUCCAUCUAUCGACUUAAUCAACUGUCUCAGUAAUUCAUCAGCUCCUUGUACGAGUGUGACGGUGUGCUUAACUGCAUUCUACACGGGUGAUCAAGUCUUAACAUCACCAGCACAUCUGAACGUAACGGUAGAUCUCGACUCAAAAUUUGGAAAUCCUGCAAGCAAACGACUUGUGCAUUCGGGCACUACCUUCCCUUCAAAAACUUUCAUCUUCAACGCAACUUCUGUAAACAGCUGUGUAGAUUUGCAGGUUCAUCUUAGCAGUUCGCAUUUUACAUCUGUGUCAGCAAAACAAGAAACAUUAGAUCCACCCCAAGUUAAAAUGACGUACGAUUAUAUCGAUUCUCACAAAAACACAAUUAUGUCCAACGUGCUGGAUCCGGUUACUUCUAAGGUAUACACUGCUGACUGGUCGUUUCAUAAGAAGUGUUCUGGGUUAAAUGGAAGCAAGUGCAGUCAUGACUUAAAAGUGGAAACAACUUAUUCCGUACAACAACUCGGGCAGCCUUUAAUUCUUGGUUCAAAUCCUGGUCUCAUAUCAAUCAAUGUAACGAUCACCAAUCUAGGUCCCGACCAUUCCUAUUUUACAAGGGUUAACGUGACAGGGAAUCUUGAUUUAAACAAGGUAUCAGGCUCUUGUGUUACACUGCUGCCUGUGCAACACACGAACACAACCACCGUUAGCUACAAGGCCUCUGUUUCUAGUGUUCUGGAUGUCAUGGUCAAAGGUGUAUCGUGUAACUUCUUGUUGGAAUAUUCUCUUCUCUCGCUAACGCAAACAUCAGAAACAAAAGAAAUUCUAUUAAAUGGGAUUGUCUACUCAAAUGUCAAUUCAAACCUAACGUUCGACCCUGACAUGACGAACAACGUUUUCGAAUAUCGCAAGACAGUUUUAUACGCUACAACUUUACGGCAAACCAGCGAAUCGCAGCAGAGCGCCAUAUUUUACAAUCGGGUAGUUUCGAAGGAGGCAAAAAUACACAACUUGAGCAACUUGCAUUUGGGUGAAAAGGCAAACUUCAUCACCCAUAAACAUAUGAUCGACAACCGAGGACCAAACAUUGUUGCAAAAGCUUCUCUUGUGUUUACAUGGCCGAGGCAAAGCAAGGAAGGAUUACCACUGUUAUAUCUCUACCAUUUCCAAUGCUUGCCACUGAAAACAUGCAACUGCAGUGGAUUGAACAAAGUAAAUGAAUACGAGUUUGCAAUCAACAACGGAACAGGUGCGAGCUUGUUUACGCUUAACUACGAUUCCAAAGCAACAUUUCCUGCACAAACGACAUGUGAACACACAAACUGCGACUCCAUCACGUGUUCUAUCAACCAUCUGAAAACGUUUUCCAACGUAACAAUAAUAUCGUCGUUUAAAAUCUGGAUACCUUCCCUGUCCCAGCCAAACUUGGUAACAACAUUCUCCAGCCAUAUUCGAUUUAAUACUAUAGACUCGCCCGUUUACCCGCCUUCAAAUAAAACUACUAAGGCAACCACUAAAGUAUCUGCAUACGUUGCUCCAACCCCACCACCCGACCCCAACCAAGUUGAUACUGGGGCCGUGGUGGGGGCAGUGGUUGGGGGGUGUUCUCUGCUGAUCGUCACUGUUUUUGUCAUGUGGAAGGCUGGAUUUUUCGAAAGCAAGUAUGCUAAAAUGCGACAGGAAGCUGAACAAGAAGAAGCAGAAUCGAAAGAAAAAGGAGCACAAGAAAAAAAUAAAAGCGUGAAAGAUGGUGGAUCGAAAGAAAUAGAAGCAAUAUAAAGAUUUUAUUAUACUAUGGAUAAAGCCACAUAUUAUAUUUUUUGAUAACUGUACGAAUUGAAAUAAAAUUUAUUCUUAUUUAUAGACAGAAGGCAGCAUAAAAAUUUAUCAAACACCAACAAAAACUUCUCGUAUAUCAAAAUUAAAUUUAGUUAUCCAAUAAUAAUGUGAGGGAGUGUGACGCUUUCGAUAGGGAAAUAUAGUAUAGGGUGGAGAGAGACGGGACGCUUUCAGCAUAUAAUAUACAAUCUCCUGAUCAUGUUUUAAACAAUUAACAACGGUCUAUGGGAGUUGUGAGGAUACGGUUUUAUGAUUUUACGAAUGUUUUUUGUUUACUACUAAAUGGGACGAGAAAAUAGAAUAAAAAGGUGUCCCAUUUUCCCCUAUCCUAAUAUACAUGAGCCCACCUCUUUACUACAAACUAGAAGAUGUAAUGGGAGCAACAACUUUGGUAAAAAUGGAGAGAUGACAGAAAGAGGAAUUAUCGAGUUUGAGUGAAAGGGUUGAUAAAUAAUAUGAAGGUGGGGGAAGAUAGGACAC